UUCUUUACCAAAACAUUUGACAUUCGAAUGUUUCGAUUCAACAACAGCAACCUGUUCUAUUCAUAAAUUCUGUUCUUUUUUUCUUUUGUUUUUUUUACUGUGUUCUAAUCAUAAAUUCCCGAAUGAAAAGUGAUAAUGAUUGAUUCAAAUAAUAACGUCAACAACAACAAUGAUACAGAUGAUGAAUCGUCAUCGAAUGUAUUGAAAAUGACUAAAUUUAAUAAUAUUAAAAUCAACAACAACAACAACCAUUUGGAUCGACAAUCAAUUUCGGUUGAUGUAAUGGCCAACAACCAUGAUGAGAUGUCAUCAUCAAUGAAAAAAAUAUCAUUAGCAUGGCAUAAUUUACGUUAUGAUUUUGAUGAUGAUUUUCAAUCCAUUCAUAGACAGCAACAGGAUUAUAAUCACAAUUAUCGAAAAAAGAUUAAUAAAUUCAGUGUUAAAAAUCUUUUAUUAUUUCAUCAACGUCGUGGAUCGAUUCCAUCGACGCCCACCAUCACUACUACCACCGCCACAACAACAUCGAAUCAUCCUACAGUAACAAAUAAAACAAGACAAUCAUCACCAAUUUUACGACGAUUGACCGGAUAUUUUGAAUGUAAUACUGUCAAUGGUUUAUUAGGUCCAUCUGAUCAUGCACGGAAAACAUUACUGAAAUGUUUGACAAAUUCAAUGCGUUAUUCAUCCGGAUUAUCAAAAGAUUCUCGAAUCUAUUCACGAAUAGCCAAUGAUAGAAAAAAAUCAUCAAACUAUAUAGCUUGGAUCCAACGUAAUCUUGAUGAUCUGAUUACAUUCAAUCAAAUGUCCGUUAGAGAAUUACUACUAUAUUCAUUCGUGUUUCGUAAUGGAAUUCUUUCAUUAUUUAAAUCUGGUCAAUAUAUCGAUAAAAUUCUGGAAGAAUUAUCAUUGAAAAAAGAUGAAAUAAUUGAUAAAAAAUUUCAUGAAUUGUCAUUUGGUGAUAAACGUCUUAUUGUUAUUGCACAAGAAAUGAUGUCCAUCAAAUCGAUGCCUUCGUUUAUGUUUCUAGAUGAACCAUUCGAAUUUCUAGAUAUUAUUCAAGCUGAAAAGUUAUUAUUUUCAAUGCGAAAUAUUUCAAGAAAACAUUCCAUCACCAUGAUCAUUUCAGCACAAACAUCUGACGCCUAUUUGAUAUCUUUACUGGAUAAGCUAUACAUUUUAGCACAUGGUGGUGUUUGUAUCUAUUCAGGUUCACCCGGGUCAUUGAUAUUGACGAUGGAAAAAGAUUUAGGAAUCUUUAAUCAAUCAUCACAAGAUAAUGAUAAUGAUGAUGAUGAAGAAAAAAAUGAUGAAUUUGUGGCUAUUGAAGAAAUGUUGAAAAUUUCUUGUUUAGAAUUUACUAAUCCAAAAGUAAGAAAAUUGGCCGAUAAAACCCUGUUGGAAGAACAUCAAUUUUUAUCAUCACAUCUACAAGAAUUGAAAUUCCAACCGAAUGGUAUUGAAAUUCCUGGAAAAUGUUUCACCAUUGUUGAUUUAUUCAUUCAAUCAUUUCGACAUUUUUCCUUACUAUAUUUAACUCGUUGGUUUCCAUUGAAAUUGUUGACACCAAUUCUAUAUUAUCUAUUUUUAGCAUUUUUUCUUAUCGACUCAAAAAUGAUCAUUGCUAAUCGUUGUUAUGAUUCAAUUAGCCAACGUUUAAUUGUGCCAUCAAAUCAAACAUGUCAACAAAUUGUCCACGAACAAAUGAUGAUUGAUGGCUAUGUGACAUAUCAAAUGUAUUCAAUGUGGUUCGUAGCAUCAUGGUCAAUAUUAAUCACAUCAUUAUAUUGUUCGAAAAUGUUGAAUUUAUUUCGAAAUGAUCAUCAAAAUCGUAUGUAUAUUAUUUAUGUGUGUUUUCCACAUAAUAAUCAUUUGUUUUUUUUCCCCAUCCAAAAUAGGCGCUAUUCAUUCAUUGUGUUUGUUUUUUCAUCAUUUUUCAUCAAUCUUAUUGAAUCAUUAUUUUGGUCUACAAUUUUCACUUGUCUGAUGUAUUUUCUUGUUGAUCAUACAAUCAUUGAAAAUUAUUAUCAUCAUCAUCAUCAUCAUACAGCAACGACAAAUGAAUCAAUAAUGAAUAAAUGGUCAAAUGUUAAUAUUUAUCGUUUUGGUCAUAUUUUAUUAUCAUAUUGGCUGCUAUAUCUUUAUCAUCAAGCAUAUGGAAUAUUAUUAAGUUGUGCUCUAUAUCCAAAAUUGUCAACAACAAAAAGUGCCAAUAAUUAUUCAAUUGUAAUCAUUACAUCAAUUGGCCAAUUGAUUGUGAUUAUAUUUCAAUUAUUAAAUAAUAAUAUUCUAGUCAUUAUUGAUCGUAUACAUUCAUCAAUAUUGCGUUCAAUUGCAAUGACAAUAAUUUCAUUGCAACCAAUCUAUAAUUCUGUUUUAUAUGCAAUAUAUGGUUUAGAACGUAGCUGUGAUCAUUAUUUUAAAAUUCAUCAUCAUCAUCAUCAUCAUCAUCAUCAAAGUCAUCAAAAUGAUUAUCAUCAUUCAAGUAGAUACUCAUCAUCAGUAUUUAAACAAUAUUCAAUACCAUUAGAAUUGGAUGUUAUUUUUAAACACUUAAUUUCAAUAGUGAUUAUAGUGAUUGUGAUUCGUUCGAUUUCAUUUCUAUUAGUGUGGUAUUAUUUUUGUCCAAAAUUUCGUAUUCUUUGUUUAUCAUCUACAAAUAACAAUUCAACAAAAUCAUCGUCAUCAAAUCAGAAUCAAUUGCAAUUAAUUCCAAUCGAUUAUGGACCGUUGAAUCGAAAAAAAGCCAAAGUUCGUAUCAUACAGCCAAUAUUUAAAGAUGAUGAUGAAGUUGAAUUUUGUCGUGAUAAAAUUCAAUUAGCAUGGCGUUCAUUAUCAUUAUUUGCUUGUUGUAAAAAAUCUUCCAAUCAAAAAUGUGAUACGAAUCAAUCAUCGAAUUUGAUUCUCAACAAUUUAAAUGGACAAGUUCGUCUGGGAAGUUUGAAUGCUGUGAUUGGUGGUGGUUGCGAAGGGGGCAAUGGUGGUGAUGGUUGUUGCCAAACAUCUAUUAUUGGUUGUCAAAAUGGAAGUAUUCGUACACUUUUACUUCGAAUUUUUAGUGGUCAACUCAAAACACGAUUAACAUUGGAUUCACGAUUUUAUGAAAGUCAAUUUGCAACUAAUAAUGUAUGCUUUAUUAGCCGUUAUCCACGAGAACAUUUGAUUCCCGGUUUGACUGCCAAACAAUUAUUGAUUUUUUCAUCAACAAUCAAAAAUAUUGAUGAUGAUGAUUAUAGUAAUGGUCGAUUGGAUCAUGAAGAAAUGGCCCUGAAUAUUUUGGAUGAAUUAGAUCUUGGACAUCGAUCCGGAACAUUCGUGGAUGAUUGUAAUCAAUCGGAAUGUAAACGUUUAGCAUUAGCAUUGGAAUUGACAUCAUUACAAAUGCCAAAUCUAAUCUGUAUUGAUGAGCCAACAUUCGGUUUAGAUGCAAUCAAUUCAGAACAAUUUGUACGUUGUCUUCGACAAUUGACUGAUCGCCAUUCCAUAACAUUUGUGGUAUCAUUUCAACAUGCACAACAUCAAAUUUUAUCACAAUUUGAUCAAAUUUAUUGCUUAAGUUCAAGUGGUCGUUGUAUUUAUUCGGGCCCCGCAACACCUCGAUCAAUUCGUCAACAUUUUAAUCAAUCUUUUCAUAUGAAUCAUGAAACAUCCUCAUCUUCUGUAUCAUGUAAACGUGCUAUUGAAGAAUUACUUCGUUAUUCAUGUUUGGAUUGUACAAUACCAGCAAUUGAACAAUUGGUUAAACAAAAUGAUCAACAAACAUUGAAAGCAGAUGAAUUAUUACCACAGGAAACAACAUCAUUGGAAUAUAAAGGAAUCAAAUCAAAUAUUGCAUCAUUUUCAAUAAUGUCCAUAAUGCGGCUUAGUCAUCGUUAUCGUGGCCGUUGGUUAUAUUCACUUUGGUUUUAUUGGAUCAUCUUUGCAACGAUAUGUUCGAUGACUGCACUAUUGUUGAAUGGAUUAUUUGGUUCAGAAAUCACCCAGCCAGAUGGUUGUAUACGUAAAGAUAUUUUCAAUGCAACAGCCAUUUGUCCACAAUAUCGUACCGGUACGAAAAUGAUUUGGGAUGAAGAUGGUGAACAACUUUGGGAUAAUUAUCGUUAUGUUUAUAUUUCUACACAUUUAUUUUUGAUGAUUAUCCUGUUUCAAUCGGCAAUGAUUUUCUAUCGUGAAAUUAAGGUUUUUCUACAUGAACAUCAAAAUGGUUGGUUCAGUUCGAGUGUAUUUUAUUUUUCGCAUUUAAUAUGGAUUGAUUUUUUGCCAAUCAUACCGAUAACAAUGAUUUAUCUUUAUUUAAUCGAUAUCGAUCAUUUGGAUCAUUAUUCUUAUGAACCAGACGAUAUUAUCGACACUGAUCAUACAACAACAUCACAACAACAAACAUAUUAUUGGUGGGCAGUAAUACUCAUAUCGAUUGCAACGGAAUCAAUUCAUAGCCUCGGACAUUUAGUGGUGAUAAUAUCAAUAAAUCGUAUCCGUUCAGAAACAAUUUUUCUUAUUAUAUUGACAUUAGUUUUUUUACUAUCGAUAACAUCAAAUUUCCAGAUUCAUACCAGAUUUACAUUAUCAUUUUUGAAUGUAUUUCGUUAUCUAAACGAAGCAAUACUUGUACUACAUUAUGGUUAUUUUCAUUCCUGUACAAUUCCAUUAUCACGUUCAUCAUAUAUCCGUCAACAACAGCAGCCAAUUUCAUUGGUCCUUUACAGGAUUGAUUCGGAUUUAAAUCCAGACAUUCAUUUCUAUCAUUGUUUUCGUGUACUGAUCUAUCAGACAAUUUUAUUUCGUUUUGGUUCCUGGUUUGCAUUGUUGCUUCGUGCAAAUGGUGAUCGUAUAUUUCAUCAUCAUCGAUUAUGGAUAACUGGAAAAUCUUCAUCAUCCACAAAUCAAUCAUAUUUGGAUCAUUAUGAAUGGUCAACAACAACGGCAACAGCAGCAACAAGACAUUCAUAUCAUCACGAUCAACAAACGGAACAACAACAACAACAACAAGAGCCAUCGCCAUCAACUUCAACGGAAAGUACAGUGAGCGAUCUCAGUGCAAAAUUAUCAUCAUCUCCUUCUAGUCUUGAUGGUCAAAUUAAUAACCAUUCUGAUGAUGAUGAGAAAUUAGAAUUUCGUCUGUGAAAAUUGAAAAAAAUGACUAAUAAUUUUCUUUUGUACAUCUAACUGCUACUACUAUUAUUAACUAACCAAUAAAAUUGUGAUUUA